AUGGCGGAAAAGAGACAACAAUCCAGUAAAGCAGGCAAUGUGAACCAGACAGUAUCAGUAAAAAACACAGAAAGUAUGUAUGUCUCCAAGCAGACGUCAGACAUUUUGAGUCGAGAGGAAGAGUACAAACGACUGAAUGCAGAGUUGGAAGCAAAGACAGCAUCUCUUGUUCAGGAAGCAGAAAUGGUUAUGAGACAGCAAGAAACUACACUGGCUAAACCAAGUUUGUUGGAUAACAUCAGCACAGAAGAUUUUCUUCAAGAACUGGACAAUGGUGUUACAGAUGUAGGCUCUAAAGGAACACGUCAGGUCACCUUGUCAAGACCCCAUUCAAAGGCCAGCAACUCUAGUAGACAAGCAUCUGGAAAGCGUCCUCUCGCCAGUGGAAAGAAAAAGGCAAGACAGUCUGCUGCUGUCGCUGAUGACGUUGCAGUGCCAGAUGACACAUUUAUGACAUCUCUACAACAACAGUUUAGUGACAUGUCUGGGCGGCUGGGCCAAGAUGACACAGUCUCUGCUCAUGAUGGGGAUGAUGAUGAUAUCUUGCCCCAGGCUGCCAGUGACAUGGGUUCAGAGGCUGUUAUCCGUUUCCUAAAAGCCAAACUUCGGGUCAUGCAGGAGGAAAUGGAUAGACUGACACACGAGAAUCAGCUCAAGGAGGAAGAGAACCAUGUCUUAAACCAGAAACUAAAGGAAAUAGAGGAAGAAAGAAAUCGCCUGCUCCGCACAAGUUCUGCUCAACAACAACAAAUUGACAAACACAAGAAGCUGUCAGAGGAAGCCAGAACCAGAAGUGAGAAUCUGGAGUCGCAGUUAUCUGCCUUGAAAAAGGAUCUAGAUCAGACUAAAAGAAGUCAAAAGAAACAGCAGACGUCACAGUCGGCUACCGAGGUUCGAUUAAACAGGGCUUUAGAGGAAAUAGAGAAGUACAGAGAACAACUGCUGCAAGCUAAAAGCACUUCAAAGGACUCCCAAGAUUCCGACAAGAAGAGGCUGGAGCAGCUUCUGGCUGACAAUAAACGGCUGGAAAAACAGAAAAAUGAACUCAUGGCCGGCUUUAAGAAACAGAUGAAACUCAUUGAUGUUCUUAAAAGACAGAAGAUGCACAUUGAGGCGGCCAAGAUGUUGCAGUUUACAGAAGAGGAGUUCAUCAGAGCCCUGGAGUGGGGCAGUUGA